AUGCAGGGGGGUGAAAAGGUAAAUAGCUUUCCCAACACCGACGCUUUGGCCCCGCAGUUGAGGGCCUAUGUGCUCCGGUGUCAGAACUCCGCCAUCAAUCGCCAUAACACGUUCCGUGUCGCUGUAUCGGGCGGUUCUCUACCAGCAGUCCUCGCCCAGGCUCUUCUUGCGCCUUCAAACGGUUCUCCCGAGGACACUGUCCGGUUCGAUAAAUGGGAUGUUUUCUUCGCCGACGAACGUGCUGUCCCUCUCGACCACCCUGAUAGCAACUACCGCCUGCUCAAGGAUGAGCUUCUAAGCAAGAUUCCCGCCGAAAUGGGCACUCCUAAAGUGCAUCCCAUCGACGCCGACCAUGUCAACGAUGACACCCAGGAGCUUGCCGACCUGUACCAGGAGGACUUGAUGCGCUCUUUCGCGGCCAAGGACAGUGUCAAGCUGCCUGUCUUUGAUCUCAUUCUUUUGGGUUGUGGUCCCGACGGUCACACCUGCAGUCUCUUCCCCGGCCAUGAACUGUUGCGAGAGAAGGAUGCCUGGCGCAUAACCCUCACAUUGCCUGUCGUCACACACGCCGUCAGUAUCGCUUUCGUCGCCACUGGAGCGGGAAAGAAGGAGAUUCUCAAGCAGAUUUUCGAUGCGGAAGAGGGACGGGAACUGCCCUCGGCGCUCGUCAACCAGGGUGCUGGGGAAAAAGUGAGCUGGUUCACCGACCAUGCUGCCAUUGAUGGGGUUUCAUUCCCCAGACGUGGAAGCUUGUAAGCUGUUGUGGACAUAUGAAUGGCGUUAUGUUCUACUUGCUAUUUUUGCUUUCGAGAACAGUCAAGGGCGAAAAGUACCUCUACCUUUUACACAAGUCUUCUAGGUUUCCUGGCUGGCGUUACGGCCUAGAAAUUGGAUUAGUGCAGGGACAGUGACUUUGAAUCGAGAUCAUUCUUAUAAUGUG